ACUCCCUAUGUCACAGAGGCGUGUAAUUAACAAAUCAAAACCCUAAUUCCCAAAAUCUCAACCCAGAUCGCAUCAUCGGGUUUCCGAGCACAAUGAAGAUCAAGAAACAACGACAAGAACCGCACGAGAAGAUCAAGAAACCGCCUUCUUCUUCUUCUUCUUCUUCUUCUGCUCCGCCUCCCCGCAAGCGGCUCCUCUCCGACUCCCCCAAGCCAAACAACGCCCCAGCCCCAGCCCGAAGCCGAAGCCGAAGUCCGACGUCCUCCGAUAACCCUGACCCGGCCCUAAAGAAAACCAGGGUCCUCCCCAAUCUAUCAGAAUGCCACGGUUGUGGAUUCAGAACCGACGCCGCUAACGGUAAGCAAAGACUCCAAACUCUAUACAGCGAAUGGCGCGUCGUUCUUCUAUGCAAGAAAUGUAUAGUCCGCGUAGAGUCGUCCAAAAUUUGCUCCUACUGUUUCCAAGAAUCCUUCGCCGCCGAGUGUUUCGGUUGUGGCGAGUGCAAACGCCGUGUCCAUAGAGAUUGUUUUAUGAAGUAUAGAAGCGUUGCGCCGUGGUCAUAUUCCUGCUCGGGCGAGGAGUUUGCGGUGUGCGUGGAUUGUUGGGUGCCCAGGCCGAUAGCGGUGUCCAGAGGGAGGAGGAGGAAGAUUAGGAGGAAAGACAAGAGUGGUGAGGCUUUGGAUGGUGCGAAGUCGUUGAAAGAUGUGGCGGAGGACGCAAAUUGCGUGGCGGAGAAGAAGAUUGAGGCGGCGGCUAGGGCUAGAGAGGAGGCGCUGAGGAAAGCCGUAGUGGCGAGGAGGGCGGUGGAGUUGGCGACCAAUGCUCUUGACUUUGUUGCAAGGAGAAAUGAGAGUGGCGAGAAGGAGGGGGUUGUUAAUGAUGCAGAAAUGGCUCUUAGGUUGCACCGAGCGAUGAAUAGCUCGCCCAGGACUUCGAGAAAUUUGUUGGUUAGAGGGUCGGGCUUGCGGAAUCCUAUUGGUGAAGUUUGUACUUAUAACAAAAGCGUUUCUGAACACUUGUAUCAGGACGGUGAUUCGUCGACGGAUGUGGAUUGUCCGAAGCCAGAUGGAAGGAUUGAUGUGAGAACUGGUGAGAAGGAUUGUGAUGCUGAGGAUGAGAAUGUGGGCGUGCCGAUGAAGGAGGGAGAAUGUGGGUCUUGGCAUAAACAACACAGAUCCACUAUGCCUGAGGAUGAAAGAUACAAAGGAAAGCCUAAUAGAUAUUUAUUGAAGUAUUGUAGGAGAAACCGUCGGCCCAAAGCAACUCUUGAUAGGAAACCCAGUUUCUCCUAUGACGGGUCAAUCAGGAUUCCACCGCUGGACUGCGUAUAAGUUGUUCCAAUGAAUCGAGGACAAUCUCCAAUUUUUCAUUUCAGUGCUGUGCUGUUCCUCUACAAGCUUCUGGUCGUGGAAGUAGUUCAUUUCACGACAGCCUGAAGGCAAUAGUGUCCUCCGAGGUCCUAUCUGUAUCAUCAAUCUGCAAUUUACAAGCUGGGAUCACUCUUCAAGAUGUUUGUAGGAUUUCGUCAUGGAUGCUUGUAUAAGAGAUAUACUCAAUUCAACACAACUAAGCCGUAAUCCUAGCUGGCAUAAGAGAUAUAUCGUGUCUACUGUCUAUAUAUGGUUGCGGCUCUGAUGUCCAUUCAUGCUCUUGUUGAGUACCCUGGCAUGCGUAACCUCUUUUCUAGUGGAAGAAAGUUUCUGGGAUAAUCAUUGUAGUUACUUGAUAAUAACUGAGAUAUUAGGAUCAUAAAUUUGAGUAUCAGUUUCGGUCAUGCUAUAGGCCCAAACUUUCGUGAGAUGCAAAAAGAGCACUCAAAAUAUAGGUGUUAUACAUUAGACAUUCAUAAAUGUGAAUCAUAAUGGACCCACAUGGUAUUGAUAUAUUUUUGUUUUCCCUCAUAAACUUAUGUAAAAUUUUGCCAUAC